GCCAUUUUUCAACAAUAAUGAAACUAACCCAUUUAUAUUACUCUUACAGAGAGAGAAUAUGCCAGGAAGAGGUCUCUGGACAACAGAGAAUGAGGAGCACAUUAUAGUGCAAAAUAAGCCAUUUCUAAAAAAUAUUUUCCAAUUCCUCUGGAAAGAUUAAAAACUAUUCUUCCUCAGCAGAUGAGAGACCAGGGAAAGAAUAACCAGAACAAAGUUUUGAGCUGGAAAAAAUAGAGCACAUGGAACUGAAGAAAAACAAUAAAUGAGAAAUCAAGGAGGAUAAUAUUUAAAUAAAGAAAAAGUGAAGAACAAUUUGAAGUCAGUACGAAGAAAAAGUUUCCACAUACAGCCAAAAUUAGCAGACAUUAAUUAAAGCCUUUGAGGAAGGAAAGAAUGGCUUGAACUAAAUAAUCACCAGGCAAGAGAUCAUAAAUAUUUUUUGCCGCCCUAAGAAUCCUAGCAUAUCAGUGUUGGAAAACCCCCGCAGAGUGCCUAAUGUGGGAAAAUACAGAUUGCAGAUCACAUCUGAUCAUGCACAACAGGAUCCAUCCAAUGAAAAUCCAUACAAAUGUUUGAAGUGCGGCAAAAGCUUUUCUCGGAAAAGCUUCCUUAUGAUUCAUGGAAGAGCCUGUACAGGAGAGAAGCCCUGCCUUUGAAUGUCCUGUUUGUGGGGAAACUUUCAGGCAGAAUUCUCAGCUGUUAGAACACCAGAUGACUCACACAGGAGAGAAACUGUAUAAAUGUAGUGAUUGUGGAAAAGGUUUCAAGCAGAGUUCUAAGCUUGUGAGACACCAGAGAACUCACACAGGAGAAAAACCAUAUCAGUGCCUAGAUUGUGGGAAAAAUUUCAGUCAGAGUUCCUGCCUGGUGAGACACCAGAGGAUUCACACAGGAGAGAAACUCUUUGAAUGUCCUGUUUGUGGAAAAAGUUUCAGUCAAAAUUCCAACCUGGUGGAACACCAGAUGACACACACAGGAGAGAGACCAUAUAAAUGUCCUGUUUGUGGGAAAAGUUUCAUUCGGAAUUCACGCCUGGUGAUACACCAGAGGACUCACACCGGAGAAAAACCAUAUCAGUGCCUGGAUUGUGAGAAAUGUUUC